ACCGGUUUUCGUCGUCCGCUUUAACACGCAGGCCAUAUCUGUAUUUGCAUCACGGAUUACCAACGGAACAGUUUUCCUUGGGCUCAGGCUGAAGGAUAAAGGACAGGACCUCUCUUCAAAGCCCAAGCUGGCCAAGGAUGUCUUCGAAACGGCGAAAACGAUGAAGGUGAAACUGCUUGUGCUAGUGACGCACAACGUCAGAGACAUGGACAAAGCAUCGUGCAUCUCCGAGCCGGUCAGCUCGUGGUCGUCCAAGGCCUACAAAAAUACCACAAGGCCCGCCCUAGAGCAUAUCUUCAAGUUCCUCGAGGCCGGUCUGCGUGGUGAGAAGGAGAUCGAGGUCACCCUCUCCUCCACGCUCGUGUUCGUCUUGUUCCGCAUGAAGAACCCGGUGUCCAAGCCGCUCAAGUUCGGGGAACCAUGUGUUCGAAACCACAGGAUGUCCAUGGAGCGCUACUGCGUGGACGGGCCGUCGAACGUGCAAAUCCACGCCGACACUUUGAGCGCAGUCGGCUUCGACGGAGACAGACUCUUUAGCUUCGAGAACGCCGAGAGCAUCGCGAAGAAGAUGCGCCAGUUCGUGAUGCCACUCGACGACAAGGUGUUCCGCCGAGUGGGCUGGGCACUCUUCGACCUCGCCUUCGAGGUGUACGACGCCGACUCCUGUCGCGCCAACGAGACCACCGCGACGAAGUUCUCGCGGGUCGCCGUCGCCAAGCCCAUCUUGAGGGAGAAUAGGAUGCGCAAAUUCAAUAAAUGAU